AUGACUGUGAAUGGUCCAUCUACUAAUGAACCUCCAAACCCCUUUACUUCUGAAGAGGACAGCAUACAAGAACCAUGCAGCAUAAAAAUUGUCCAGGUCUACAGCUUACAAUCAAUAAAAAAGGAAUCACCAAUCAAGCUGGAAAAUACAAAGACUCAAUAUAAAAGAAACUAUUCAGAAGUCUUUACCGACAUAGAAAAGCCAGAGAAGAAUAAAAUUCCUCGACAAAUAUUUGAAUGCAAUUAUUGCAGCCAACAAUUUGACCGAAAAUGUUUAAUAGAAAGUCACAUGAAAGACCACAAACACCAAUGCAGUUACUGCACUGCGACCUUUAAAUUUCUUCAACAAUUGAAGCAGCAUUGCAACCAAAAACAUGGUUGCAAGUCGUUUCCAUGCACUAUGUGUGGUUGUGAGAAGCAGUACAAAUUCAUGGCUGAUUUAUAUCGGCAUACAAUUAUGGUGCACAACGGUGUUCCUCCACUGAAAUGCGUCAUAUGUAAUCGUACUUCCAGAAGUCUAUCUGCCCUGAAGGCACAUAUGAAACAUAAACAUUAUAAAACUGCGUACGUAUGCCACAUAUGCAAACGUUGCAUGACGAGCGAGAGGAACCUGGCACUGCAUUUGCAGUGGCAUAAAAGGAGAGAAAAAGCAACGUGUCCUACUUGUGGAAAGAUACUCAAGCAUAAAUGGAACUUGCUUGCUCAUCUGAGGCUUCAUCAGGGUAUCAAGCCCUAUUCUUGCCCACUUUGUAGUAAAACUUUCUCAAAAAAGGCAUCUAUGCAACAGCAUGUAUUGAUUCAUACUGGAAAGAAAGUAUAUUCCUGUGGUAUAUGUGGAAGUACAUUUGCUCAACAGUCAGGGCUGCGUGCACACAGGAAGAAACAUCCUGGUCCUCUACCACCGAUUCCUGUCGUGGCCGUUAAGAACAUUGUUGCUGAAUUCAUUCAAGUACUUCAUCAAAAUCUCUAUUUCAGGUCACGAAGAGUAGCAUCACGCGCGAUUCACGAAUGCAUCAAAUGCGGAGCUUGUUUUUGUCACACGAGGAAGCUAGUGGAACAUCUGAAGAACCUCCAUGGCAUCGACAGAGCGUUCAGCUGUGACGAAUGCGGUAAAACCUUCAGAAGUCCCAUGAACAUCGCCCGUCAUAAGCUAAUCCACAUGGGUUCCAAAAGAUUCGCCUGUGACUUGUGUGACUAUAAAUCAAAUCAGAAAUCAAAUUUGGAAAGUCAUCGACGUCGACACACGAAGGAUUACGCUUUCAAAUGCGACCAAUGUAACAAAGGAUUUUUCUUAAGAACAGAAUACUUGGAACACGUGAACGUCCAUACCAGAAAACAAUUGUAUCACUGCGAACAUUGCGGCAAAUCGUAUCCUUAUAAAAGGAACCUGAUGACCCACCUGAGGACCCAACACCCCUAUCUCACAUGCGUUCAAUCUUCCAGUGAUAACUUGAAACAUGUAUGCAACAUUUGUCUGGAGAAUUUUGCAAGAAAAUUAUCGUUGAAGAGGCAUCUGAAGCAGCGACACGGGUUACAAGAGAAAAAGAAUCAUUUGUGUGAUCUAUGUGGGGCAGUGUUGUCCUCGAAGAGGAGGCUAAUGGUCCACAGACGAGGGCACACCAACGAAAAGGUCGCCAAGUGUGAUUUAUGCGAUAAAACGUUUUCUAGUAAGGAGAAUCUUGGUAUUCACCGACGUGUUCACACCGGUGAAAAACCUCACGCCUGUAGUCAGUGCGGUAGGAGGUUCACACAACGGACGUCUUUGAUCUUGCAUCUUAGCCACUGGACCAACAAACAAGACGAGAUUGCCAACUGCGAAGAUUUCCAAAUAAAAAACGAAGACGUUCUUCUAGAUCCAGGGCAGAAAUUUGAGGGAAACGAGAAGAUCUGUGAUCUUUGCCAAGAAAAAUUCCACUUUGUGACGAGAUUAGUGGCCCACUUGAGGAUCGUUCACGGUAUCCAUAGACCCUUUAAAUGUGUCACCUGUGACAAGACAUAUCCUCAGCAAUUCAUGCUAAACGCUCAUGUGAAAAAAUCUCACACACCAAAAACCAUACCCUGUACGCAAUGCAGUUUCAUGGGAGUGAAUACCAUCGAUGUGGAGAGACAUACGAAGCGACACCAUAGCGAGGUUAAAUUCACCUGCGAGAUUUGCAGUGAGAAUUUUACUGAUAAGGAUUCUUUGGUGACGCAUACGACGAUGCACAAUUUUAUGCAGUUUCAACAGUGCAACGCUUGCGGUAGCACCUUUGAUGACGUAUACAGUUUGAAGGAACACAAUCGUCUGUACCAUUACGACCCCGCGGGAUCCAUACAAGAGAAGCUGGAAGAUGGGGAUCAACAUGGAUCCGAGCACAAAUGCGACGUUUGUGGGAAGGUUUACAAAUAUAAAUCAGUAUUAAAACAGCACAAGGUGAAAGCACACGGUGAUACUCCUAAUUAUGAAAGACGUCGGUAUUUAUGCGCCCUUUGCGGCAAGGAACUGAAAACCGCCAAGGGAUUGGAAAUUCACAAUCGUUCGCACACAGGUGAAAAACCAUAUACUUGUGAAGUGUGUGGAAAGUGCUUCGCCUGUGAAACAUUAUUAAGGACUCACAAUGUGACACACACAGGGGAGAGAAAGUAUUCUUGUGAUCAGUGUGGUAAAGCAUUCACACAGAGGUCCACGUUGGUGGUCCACAAACGUUAUCACACAGGUGAACGACCGUAUGUUUGCACACAGUGUAGCAAAGGCUUUGUGACUAGGACAGUUUUGAAUACUCAUAUGAAAUCCUGCCGCUGA